GGUGGCUCCCCACGGUUGCGGGCCCAAUAAAUUUCUCACCUUUUCUUCCUCUUCUCGCCGCCGCCGCCGCAAGCCGCAGACCGCCGACGCCGAGGACGGGGACGAGGGAGAUGGCGAAGAAGGGGAAGGACGCCGCCGAGCCCGACGCCAAGGCGGCGGCCGUCCGCUCCCUCUUCUCCGCCGACAACCCCUUCCGCCGCAAGGAGUCCGCUCCGGAGGAGCCCCCCCGCGCUCCCCCACCGACCCCCGCAUCCGCCGCCGUCCCCACGCCGGCGCGCAAGCCCCCGAAGCGGCCCCAGGCUGAGGCGGAGGCGGAGCCCGCGGUGCCGUCCCGGAGGAAGCGGAGCGAGGAGGAUGGGGAGGGCCCGGCAGCGCGGCGCAAGCGGAAGCGGGACGAGGUGGAGGCCGGGUACGAGCGGCGGACGCUGGGGGCGGCGCCCGCGGACGAGGAGCAGCGGCCGCGCCCGGUGGUCGGGGCCAAGAGGAAGGCGCCCCACGACGUCGAGGCGGCGGCCUCCGGCGGGGAGUCGGAGGACGAGGCGUUCGACGACGAGGGCAAGCUGCUCAGGACGGUCUUCGUCGGGAACCUGCCGCUGCGGACCAAGCGCAAGGCGCUCACCAAGGAGUUCGCCGCCUUCGGCGAGGUCGACUCUGUCAGGAUCCGCUCCGUGCCCCUCGGCGACACCAAGAUUCCGCGGAAGGGAGCCGUCAUCAAAGGCAAGAUCAAUGACUUGGUCGACAAUGUACAUGCCUACAUCGUCUUCAAAGAUGAGCAGUGUGCGCGGACAGCUUUAUCUCAUAAUAUGGCACUGUUCAAUGGCAAUCACAUCCGUGUUGACAUGGCGUGUCCACCUCGUAAAAAGCUAAGAGGAGAAGGACCUCUUUAUGACAGAAAGAGGACAGUGUUUGUUGGUAACCUUCCAUUCGAUGUAAAGGAUGAGGAGCUCUACCAGCUGUUCUGCGGUCCCAGUGGACCACAAGGUGAUGUUGAAGCUAUACGAGUUGUCAGAGAUCCAGAUUCAAGCCUAGGAAAGGGUAUCGCCUAUGUUCUAUUCAAAACAAGGGAAGCCGCUAACGCAGUUGUCAAAAAACGUGGCAUUAAGAUCAGAGAUCGCUUCUUGCGGCUCACCCAUGCAAAGGCAGCCGACGCGACGCCGAAGAAGGCAGAUUCUGGGAAAAAGCGCGACACUCCAAAACAGAAGACACCUUUUACGUCAGGCAGCAAGUCCCGCGAAGGCAGCGACAGCAACAAACGCAAGGCGCCGGCAAGCCUGUCUUACCAAGGCCUGAAGUCGACCAAAUCUGGCGUCGUGAAGAAGGUGAAGGUGGCCCGGCGCCCCGUCAACCAAGGCAAGCAGCAAGGCAGGCCUAGCGAGACGGGACAAAGCGAGAGCGCCCGCAAAGCCAAGCGGCCCGCCGUGGCAGCCAGGAAGGCGAAGCAGCUGAACAAGAAACGCAAGCAGGACGGCUCGACGCCCGAGAACACGCACCGGAGCAAGAAGGCGAGGAAGUAGGCCGUCUGUCCCUGUGAUGGAUCGUUCGCUUCGGUUUGUAAUGGGAGUGUUGAGAGUUUUGGACAAGAUGAGAUCCUGAUGAUAGCUGCCUUGGGUUGAACGAGGAAGAAAAUACGAGGUUGAUGUUGCUGAUGUAAUGCUGAGAAGUGUCGAGUGUAGUCGUUUGGUACUUGCCUUUGAAGUCUUAGCCCCUGUACUAGUGUCAAAAUGAUGCUCAUCUAUGUAACAUCAUGUACUGACACCAUUUUUGCGUUGCUUGUUCUCAUGCUGGUCCCAUGUCAAUCAAGUGAUACAAAUACAAGAAUCAUUCGUCUUGAUAAA